AUGGCCCGUGGUGCCAUACCCAAAGAAUUACGCGAAAUGCUCUCCUACAGUCGUGCUCUUGGUUUUAGAGCAAAGAGAACAGGUGAUGUACGACUUAGAGUCGAAUCAACAAGAAUUAGAAAUAUAGUACGUAGUGAACUCAAACAAUUCAGACAAAGUCAAUUAGUAAAACAAUUAGCAGAAAGACAUAAACCUAGAGGAGGUUCAAUGAUGUUUUGGAAUAGAACAAAAAAACAUUUUAGAAAUUGCUCUUCGUCUCUACGUGGAUUUUUACUGCCCAGUGGUGAAACAGUAAAAGAACCAUCGACCAUGGCUGAUUUAGCCGCGGAUUAUUAUGAAAAGCUCUUUGAAGAGCCUGUUGUAUAUAGACCGCAUCCAACCUACGACGUAUAUGAGGAUAGUCAAAGACAAAUACCUCUGGUAACAUAUCCCGAGAUACCCGAGAUUAAAAUCGAAGAAGAAAAAACGUUCGUGCGAUAUACAUGGUCUCUCGCCAUUCAUUCUGGGUAA